ACCCACAUCGCAGCGCAUACACAGUUCUGCAGACUGCAGCCGCAAACAGACAAGCGGUUGUUAUAUAUACACGCCGCUUCGUACAAGUUCUGACUUGGUUUUGAAAUCACUUAUAGCAUUGUACCUGGAAAUCUUGGAUAGUAAUUAAAUAUCGCUUUGAUAUUUGCUAAUGUGUCGGGGUUAGAAAACGAGAGAGUAACCAUGUCGUUUACGAUGCUUUUACACUUCGCACACAAGAGUUAUUUACACUUGUAAGUUAAACAAAGAUCCGCGGAACGACGCUGGAAAAUACGCCGCAACCAUUUGUGCAUGGCACGCCUAUAUUGGAAAGCACACAGUUAAAGUCAACUGCCGAAAACGAGCGAGUUUUUAUAGUGAAACGAUUCAUUGUCGGCUACAAGGUGUUGACGUCUCGUCUAUAAGAAAGAAGUUGUUUAUAUACUUUUUUCGUUGAGGAUUUAAAAAUUUUUCGUUGAGGGUUUAAAAGAAAUGGAAUAUUUUUUCUGUGGGCAGCAGUUUUAGGAACGUGCAGAUGAACGCGUUGAACUUAAUAAGUAAGCUCGUAAAUAACAGUCGUAAAACGCAUUAUAAAGAGCGGCUUGCGUGUAUAUAACAAAAGCUUCGACGACCUUGUAUUUCGCGUCAUGAUGUUUAUCGCUGUAUAUAAUAGCUGGACCGACUCAUUGUCCUCUACAAAAACAACAAAAUAUAAAGCCUUUCGUCAAGAUAGCAAGUAUAACGAUAACACGCAACAAUGGUAUACAGGGGCGAGUGAGACGAUUAUUCAGCUAAACAGGGCCGUGUGAUGUUGUCAGCAGAUACCUGGUAUAAGCAAGGCGAAAGGUUGAAAACAGACUGCGAAUUCUAACAUUAAAUUUUCAUUAGUUCGCGUAUGGCUCAAUGCAGUUUUGUUGUAUAAGUUAAGUAAGAAAUGGCUGAAAUAAUAGAAGAAUCUGAACCGCUGUCACGGCAUGUGAAAUAUGCACUGCAAAGAAACGCAGUUCUUCGGAAAGGGGAACAUCAAAAGAAACUAAAAGCCAUUGAACAAGAUCACACAAGGAAAGAUUUUUCUGUUUACACAAAAGCUGACGAAAUUUGGCAUGACCGAAACCAAGCGGUUCGAGACCACGUGAUGAUUGAAAUAUACGCCAACAGACAAAAAUCCAGCAACGUUCGAUCCGGUUCAAGACUUUCCGCAGCGAGAGAUCGGGCAGCGAUGGCAGAAAUUGAGGCAAUUUCUGACUUGUACUUAGCAAGAGGUAUGCAGAAGCGCGCUAGGAAAAAUAAAAGGUACUCACCACCUUCCAGUUCUGUUAGUGUUACCGAUCUCGCAUCAUCUGUGAAAAUGAACCCGACGCCAGACACAUUUGAGCGUAAGUUGAUAUCAAGAUUUGCGGAGAGAGAUGAAACGGUGUUGUUGCGGAGGAGGCAGAGAACACGAUCAGAAUCAGAUCACGGAUUUUCCUCUUUCAGGAUAUGCCUUCAUCGCGUUUUUUACGCUUAAAACAGACAAUCAGUCCUCGUUGGAACCCAAUCGCAGAAGCGCUAAAUGAAAAUUUCGAAAAAGAUGAACUACCCAACGUCUACAGUCGACCAGCUACAACAAAUGCAACGCUUCCUAUAAAAAGAACUUCGUCCAGAUGCACACCAUCGGCACAAACGCUGCGAUGUCUUCAGCAGAAACAACAGGAGAGCCGGACCAAACCAGAUCUAAACCGGUCUCGCCAUAGAAACCUACGCAGGUCUUCGAGUGUUCCUCCACCAGAAAAGAUGUCAAGUCGCAGGGGUUCUCGAGUGCUGAUGCCGUUGGCCACUCCGAUAACCGACUUUGAAAGUUUCGAAGAAUCCGUCACGCCCACCCGAGCCGUUACCAGCAACAGUACAGUAGAAUGUAAUGCUGCAAUCAGUGAAAAAGUUCAAGGGUUUUGUAAUAAAGUGGCUUCCAAUUCUGAUCAGCCGCAGUGGAAAAAAUACGACACGAAGUGGUCUGUAGUAAAGAACUUCGUUCUUUCACAAAAGAAGGCAAACAUUGGCACACCAUCGCCACCCGCCGGUCAAAUUUCAGUAGAUACACCACCGUUAAGUGGGGAUAGAAAGCCAUCUGUAUGGUGGCCAAACACGUUGGAAACAUAUUCUAAACCAGCCCAACAAGUUUUAAAUUAAACUUUUGAUACAACUUUCUUGAACCGAUGUUAAUGCUAUAGUGGGGUGGGAUUAGAUGGGACAUGUUUUUAUUGUAUUUUUUCGUCCUAUUUGGUAAUUACAGAAUUCUAUAACUGUAGCCUCGCGGCUCUAAAGAGCGUUGUUAGUUGUUGAAAACACUAUGGGGAAAUGGAAAUAUAUGAGAUAUAUGUGCUGUAUCUCAUCCUUUUCCCCACAAUAUACUAUACACAGUAUUAGGUGUCUCGGUGUAGAUGACGCGUUGCAUUAAAACGGCUAUAACGCUUAAUAUUUAUGCGAGAUACCAAAUUAUUCUUCGGCAGAUGUCAUUUACAUGUGAUUGCAUUUUGUUACAUUUACAUGUGAUUGCAUUUUGUUACAAAGAACCUAAAAUUGUUUAUUUCGAAAAAUAAUAAAAAUAAUCGAAAACGCAAGUCUGUUUCCGCUAUUUUAAUUCACACGACUGUUUAUAUAACUAUAUAUGCAUAACUAUAUAUAACCGCGCAUACCUUUGUAGCGCGCGAAU